AUGCAGGUUAUCAAGUGUUUAGCAGCUGUGGCAUGGGAGCAGAAUAAAUUCCUAAGCAUCGAGACUGUGGAGGUUGCACCUCCCAAGACACACGAGGUGCGGGUGAAAAUCCACUCAACGGGGGUGUGCCACACAGAUUUGUCGACUUUGUCGAGUAUUUACCCCGAUGGUCCGGGUAACCUGUUCCCAACCAUCCUGGGUCACGAGGGCGCCGGGGUCGUCGAGAGCGUUGGUGAUGAAUUACCCACCAAUGUCAUGCUGGGUGAUCAUGUGAUCCCAAUGUGGCUACCACAUUGUGGCACCUGUCAUAUGUGUCGGUCUGAAAAGACGAACAUAUGCGAGAAGGCAUUCGCGACUCUCCUGAGCGGGAUGCUCCAGGAUGGCACUUCCCGCUUCUCCUGCAAUGGCAAGGUCAUCUACCACUACGUGGGCACCUCCACCUUAUCUCAGUACAUUGUCCUCCCAUAUAUAUUCGUCGUAAAGGUGAACCCAUCGGCCUGCCUGGAUCGGGUGUGUUUCAUUGGCUGCGGGAUCCCGACAGGGUAUGGGUCUGUCUGAAACAUAGGGAAAGUGGUGGAGGGCUCAUCGGUGGCAGCCUGGGGAUUGGGAACCAUAUGCCUUCUGGCUGUUAUGGGAGUCUGGAAAGCCAAAGAUAAACGCACAAUCGGCAUUGAUAUCAACCCUGAGAAAUUCCAUGUCGGAGAAAAGUUCGGGUGCGCGGAGUUUGUUAACCCAAAGAAUCAUGAAGAUCACCCAAUUCAGAAGUCCUUUCAGAAAUGACAGAAGGUGGAUUGGACUAUACCUUCAAGUGCAUAGGAAACGUUCCGACAAUGAGGGCGGAGCUGGAGUCACUGCGUAAAGGCUGGGGAGUAUCGACGAUCGUUGGAGUUGCGCAGAGUGGACAGGAGAUCUCCUUUACUCCUUUUGAGCUUCUCGUCGGACGAAGGUGGAGCCGUUCCUUAUUUGGAGGUCUGUCUGGUGAAUUUCUUUUAAAAGCACAAUAUACAUUCGUUUUCUUGCUCAUUUUUCAAGUUAUAGGGCGGCUAAGCUAUCGUAGGAUUGGUGUCGCACGAGGCAGGGGAAAGCCUGAUUGUGGUGGAUGCCAGCGUGAGUGGACCCUGUAAAUGAGGCCCCGGGGCCAAAUGCAUAUUUUACUCUCCUUUCUCUAUGGGCCUGCUAUUAACUCCCUCGUGCGACUCCAGUCCUAAGAUUGUGGGGGUGCCUGGAGAGACUCGCCGGCCCACACGGUAGGGGAGGCC